AUGAGGACGGCCAGGCGGGCCAGCACCGUGGAGGUGCCCUCCUUCCUCCGCCAGCUAGCCAAGGAGACAGAGAAGAUGGUCACCUUCUUCUUUAAGGGGGGACAGAGGGAUGGCCAGGAGGGGAACGAAGAGGACUUCAGUGAUGAGGAUAACGGGCCGAGCGUCUACCUGGACCGGCCCGUCCUGGAUAAACACACGGCCGAGGGGAGGUCUCAGUGGGGGGUCAACUAUGCAACGGCCAGCAUGCAGGGCUGGAGGGCACAGAUGGAGGACGCCCACACCUGCAUGCCGGAGAUGGGAGGGGAGCUGGCGGAGUGGGGCUACUACGCAGUGUUUGAUGGACACGCUGGCAACACGGUGGCACAGUACUGCUCCCAUAACCUGCUGCAACACAUCCUCGCUACAGGGCGCGUAAAGGCACAGGAGGACCCUGACGACGUGAAGGAGGGGAUCGUUGAGGGCUUCCUGGCCAUUGACAGCCACAUGCACACGCUGACGCGCCAGGAAUGCUGGGAGCGCAGCGGCUCCACGGCGGCCGCCGUCAUGCUCUCGCCGCAGUACGUCUACUUCGUCAACUGUGGCGACUCGCGGACGCUCCUCUGCCGUGACGGCCAGGUCAUCUUCUACACGGAGGACCACAAGCCCUUCAACCCAAGGGAGAAGGAGCGGAUACAGAACGCAGGCGGCUCGGUGACCCAGCAUAGGGUGAACGGCUCCCUGGCCGUGUCCAGGUCCCUGGGAGACUUUGACUUUAAGGAGGUGGACUGGAGGUCCCAGACUGAGCAGCUGGUCUCCCCAGAGCCAGAGGUGUACGAGCUGGAGAGGUCCCCGCAAGACGAGUUCCUCAUAGUGGCUUGUGACGGAGUGUGGGACGCCAUCGGCAACGAGGAGCUGUGUGCGUUCGUCCACAGUCGCCUGCAGGUGUGUGAUGACCUGAGGGAGAUCUGCAACCAGGUCAUUGACCUCUGCCUCUAUAAGGGUAGUUUGGACAACAUGAGCAUCAUCAUCGUGACCUUCCCUGGUGCACCCCAGGUGUCACAAGAGGCCCUACAAAAAGAGGCCGAGCUAGAGACAAUCCUCGAGGCCAAAGUGGAAGAGAUUGUCAACUUGCUAAAGUCGCGGGACAAGGACCCGGACCUGCUGUACGUGAUGAAGUUUCUGGUCUCUGAGGACAUACCUGGCCUGCCACCAGGGGGAGGAGUCACCAGCAAGUAA